UCUCAGUUUGGUUCCCUUAAAAACCAUGGCGGGUACCGAAGAUCAUCAUCAACAGUGCAUCAUGGAGGUUGAACAAGGAUGGGCUGUGCUUCAACAUGGAAUUAACAAAUUGAUUAACAUCAUAGAAGGCAAUGAUGAUGAUAAAAAAAGUCCAUCGUUUUUCAUCUGAAGAGUACAUGCGUAUGUACUCGUAUCCUUUUUCUUUAAUUUAAGGUUUUGUUUUUCAUUGAAAUUCGAACCAAAUCUCUAAAGAGAUGGGUUUUCCUUACCUAAUGGCUAGAAUUGUAUUUGAAUUGUGUAAGCCAAACCGGAGAGGCGGAAAUUCUGAGGUAUUAUAUGACAAGUACCACAAUUUUCUCAAACACUACAUCACUAGCAAGGUUUGGCCAUCAUUGCAAGGGAAAAAAGAUGAAGCUUUGGUGAAAGAAAUAGAGCAAAGAUGGUCAAAUCACAAAGUUAUGACCAGAUGGAUUACUAGAUUCUUUCGCUUUUUGGAUAGAUACUUUGUUCCUUGCAGGAAGCUUCCUCCACUAGAACAAUCUACUCUUUUAGCUUUCUACAAUUUGGUAUUUGGGGAAUUCAAUCAUGAAAUCAAAGAUGCUGUAUUGUCCCUGAUUGAUCGAGAGCGUGAAGGUGAAGGUAUCGAUCAAGCUCUGAUAAGGAACAUUGUGGGUAUCUAUGUAGAUGUUGGGCAAGGCUCUAUGAAAUACUAUGAACAAGACUUUGAAGGUGACAUGUUUAAAGCUACUGCUUCAUUUUAUUCCACCAAGGCAUCUAAAUGGUUAAAAACUGAAUCUUACAAGGAUUACAUGCUUAAGGUUGAAUGUUGCUUGAAACAUGAAAGAGACACAGUUUGUUGUUAUCUGCAGAGCACAAGCCAUAAGAAGUUACUCGAGAUUGUUGAAUAUGAAUUGAUGUCUGUUCAUGAAAGUGAAUUGAAAGAGAAGAAACAGACUGAUGAAUCUGAUCCAUGCAUUGGAUGAUGAGAACAAACACGAUACAUGGAAAUGCAGAUGUUUCUAUAUGAUUGAAACUUGCUGCUCCUCAAGCAACAAUAAAGAUAGACAAGAACCUUCCAAUAGAAAUUUUGAAAUAAAUUAUAAACAGAACAGAGAACUGUUAUUGGGAUAUCAGUGUUCCAACCUCUUCAAAAUGGUUGCCUAAAGAUUUCUAAACUCUAUAUAUACUUUGUUUUCCUCCUGCCCCAAAGCAAUGGAGCGAAAAAAAUUAUAGUACUAUAUGGAACUAAUAUCUUACAUGGAA